AAGGAUUUCGCUCUCUGGAGUGUUUGAAUUUAUUCGAGUGGUUUGUGGAAUGUAUUGAAUCUUUUUGUUCUUGAGUUUGUAGAUUUCUGAAAUUUCUCCAUGGUGUUCGUUAUUACUUCGUGCCUCAACUGUGAAGAUUUGGAAGUUGAACCUCCUAUUUGCUGUAUGAUUCAUGUGAAAAACUGUAGUUUCAUAUAAUUUGAUGAAACAAAUAGAAUUCUCUUCUGUUUCUUCACUUCAAUUGAUCGGUUCUCUUCAAGUUUGUCUCCUUUUAGAGAUUCCGCUUCUUCAAGUUCAUACUUCGAUUGUUGUGUUUUCAUCAAUCAGUUGGAUAGUUCAUGUUCUUUCCUGAUGAUUUGUCAUGAGGUUCUGUUCUUCAUUUCAUGGUAGUGAAAGGUUAUUUAGUUUAUUAACUUGUUUUCAGGUCUGAUCUGAAGAAAGAUUUGCUGGCACCCUCUUAAUUGUUGCGUUUUUUUCGACCUGUACUGACCAAAUCUGAGAAGUUCAGUUCAACCACGAUGGGCCUCUCCAGUCUCCCAGCUCCAUCUGAAGGAGUCUUUAAUGUUCUUGUAAACACUGCACUAUCAUUUUCCAUGUUCAAAUGCUUUGUUCGUUUGAUCCUUCAAGUCGUAGGAAUCCUUCUCUCACCACCAUCCUUGGCUCCACCAUCAGAUUCCUUGGAAAAUUCCUCAGAGUUGGGGGAUUCCAAUUUUGGUUCUUCUUGGAAUUACAUCGAGACGUUUCAGAACCGAUAUCCAACGAUUAAGUUUGCUAAAGUAGAGGACUCCAAAUGUCAUGAACAUGACUGCCCUGUUUGCUUAACUUGGUUCGAACCUGAAUCGGAGAUAAACCGCUUAUCUUGUGGCCAUCUUUUUCACACAUUGUGCUUGAAGAAGUGGCUGGACUACUUGAACAUUACAUGUCCUCUUUGCAGAACUCCUCUUAUGUCCGAAGAAGAGAAAUUGUGCUUUUGGUGAGUGUUCUCUUUGCUGUUCAGUGUGCUAGAAUUUAGUUAGGAAAAACUCAUGUACAGCAUACUCUUAAAGAUAAUCAUGAACGCGUUUUAUACCUUCUUUGUGCAUGAAAUUUUAAGUU